AUGACGAUGGCUGGAACAGACAGUAUCACCAAAGGAAAUCUAUCACAAAGAUCUAGAUAUAUACCAUCUGAAUCAAACAAGGUUCAUCGAGGAUAUACUGUUUGUGCAGCGGGUACUCCGUCGAUUCCAUAUCGUUAUUUAACUAUUAUUUCAAGUAAUGCUGAAAAACAAGGUUUUCAACAAACUGCUAAACGUUUUCAAUAUGAUGCAAAUUUCACACCCGGUCCUGGUCAAUAUCAAACAGUUCAAUCAUUAGGUAAACAACUAGAAAGAACUUCUGAUUCAAAGAAAGGUUCUGGUAGUUUUGCUUCGAAGAGUAAACGAGAUAAUUCUAUGAAUCAAUCACCAAAUGUCCCAGCACCUACAAGCUAUAAUAUUGUUGGCAUAUUUGAUAAUGAACAUCAAGGUUUUAAUAGAUCAAAAUAUUCCAGUAUGUUUCAAAAGCCAAUUGCAGAACGGCCAUUAUCGCCAAAAUCAUUGGUACCAGCUCCAAAUCAAUAUGACGUCGAUAAAAUUAAUCAAGGGUAUAAAACAAUAACUAAAUCAAAUAAUGUUAGUGCUCAAGCCGCUUUUCGAUCACAUACAAAAAGAUCUGAUGGUAUUGGUAAACAAUUUGUGACACCAGCUCCAGGUGCAUAUAAUUUGGAUGAUUCUGCUACACGAACAUCAGGACAUGUUCAUCAAUCUAGUUUUAAAUCGAAUUCUAAACGUGAUGCAUUUAGCGUUCGAUCGUCUGAUCCACUUCCAGGUCCAGCUGAUUAUCGACCAUUUGAAAAAUUAACUGAAGAAUCUCCUCGAAACGUGCUUCCACGUCAUCAUUAUUUGGCUAUUUCUGCUCCAGCUGUUCCACCAUCUCCUGAGCCUCCAUACCCUGGUCCAGGUGCUUAUGAGCUUCGUGACUAUAAAGGUGUCGAAAAAAAAUAUAUGUCAUCAGCUGCAUUUGUUUCAACUACAAGUCGUUGGGCAAUCGACACAGCGAUAGCAGCUGAGCGACCCGGUCCUGGAUCAUAUACACCACGUGCACCAGUUAAACAAUCAUUUAAUUUUAAUUUUGAACGAAAAUGGAUUGGAUAA